AUGUCGCGUCCCGUGACUGAGCGGAGGAAGCUGGAAGGCGAGGGGGAGGGGCUGGAAACGGGCAUUUGGGCUGGCCCCAAGGUGGACGCGGUGCUGACCUUGACCUCGGCGUCACGUGCUGCCCCUGUAACUUCACCUGCAGCGGCUCGGGCCCAGGUGGUGUUUCUGCAGGGUGAGAGGAAGGGCCAAGAAAACCUCAAGACAGACCUGGUGCGGCGGAUCAAGAUGCUGGAGUAUGCCCUGAAGCAGGAGAGGUCCAAGUAUCACAAGCUGAAGUUUGGGACCGAGCCCAGCCAGGGGGAGAAGAGGGCGGAUCCAUCGGAACCAGUGUCCAAUGGCCCGGCCGAGAUGGCCUCGCUUGACAGCAACCCGUUGGUAUGGAAAGAAGGGCGCCAGCUGCUGCGGCAGUACCUGGAGGAGGUGGGCUACACGGACACCAUCCUGGACAUGCGUUCCAAGCGGGUGCGCUCGCUGCUGGGCCGCUGCUCUGUGGAGCUGAAUGGCGCUGCCGAGCCCAGCAAUGGGGGGCCUGGCCCAGGGGGUCUUCCUGGCGGCCAGUCCCUGCUCGCCAAGCAGAUUGAGGAGCAGAUCAAGAGAAAUGCAGGGAAGGAGUCGAGCGAGCGGAAGGAGUCGAGCGAGCGACUGGGCGGCGCCGUGCUGGACCAGAUCCCCUUCCUGCAGCACUGCGAGGAUGAGGACAGUGAUGAGGAGGAGGAUGUGGAGGGCCUCCCCCUCCAGGCCCCACGGCAGCACAAGAAGCAGCGAGUAAAGGUCCCAGCCAAGACCCUGCUGCCUGAGGUGGAGGACGAGGACGAUGACGAGGACUCUGAGGACGCCCUUGGCGAGUUCGAUUUCCUGGGCUCUGGCGAGAACAGCGAGGGCUCGGCCGGUGGGCGGCGCCCCGGGGACACCAUUGACCUGGAGACGCGGCGUGUCAAGCUGCAGGGCAUGCUGGCUGACCUGCGUGACGUGGAUGGGCUGCCUCCCAAGCCGGCCGGCCCGGCAGCCGUGGCCUCACCGCGACCCCAUGAAGCCGGCUCGCUCAGCUUCUCCUCCGAUGUCUUCAUCAUGGACACCAUCGGGGGCGGGGAGGUGAGCCUGGGGGACCUUGCCGACCUCACCGUCACCAACGACAAUGAGCUCAACUGCGAUCUGUCAGACAGCAAGGACGCCUUCAAGAAGACCUGGAACCCCAAGUUCACGCUGCGCAGCCACUACGAUGGGAUCCGGGCACUGGCCUUCCAUCACGCUGAGGCCGCGCUCGUCACCGCCUCCGAGGACGGCACACUCAAGCUGUGGAACCUGCAGAAGACGGUCGCCGCCAAAAAGAACACCGCGCUGGACGUGGAGCCAGUCUACGCCUUCCGGGCGCACAGAGGCCCGGUGCUGUCUGUAGCCAUGGGCUGCAACAGCGAGUUCUGCUACAGCGGCGGCGUGGACGCCUCCAUCCGCUGCUGGCGGGUCCCGGAGCUGGGCAUGGAUCCCUAUGAUGGCUACGACCCGGGUGUCCUGGGCACUGUCCUGGAGGGCCACACGGACGCGGUGUGGGGCCUGGCCUUCUGCCCCACGCGGGGCCGCCUGGUGUCCUGCUCGGCCGACGGCACCGUACGCCUCUGGGACCCCAGCGGGAGCCCCUCCUGCCUCAGCACCUACAGUGCGGACAGCGAACAUGGGACCCCGACCUCGGUGGCCUUCUGCAGCACAGAGCCGGCCCACGUGGUGGCCGCCUUCCGCACGGGCGACACGGUGCUGUACGACGCCGAGGCCUCCCGGCCUGUCCUCACGCUGGAGUCCCGCACGGGCAGCGACCGCACGGGCAAGGCCGUGCACUCCAUGGUGGCCCACUUGGACGCUGUGACCUGCCUGGCCGCAGACCCCAACGGCAUCUUCCUCAUGUCAGGGAGCCACGACUGCUCGCUGCGCCUGUGGCACCUGGACAACAAGACGUGCGUGCAGGAGAUCACGGCGCACCGCAAGAAGCACGAGGAGGCCAUCCACGCCGUGGCCUUCCACCCCUGCAAGGCCCUGAGCGCCUCGGCCGGUGCUGACGCCCUGGCCAAGGUCUUCGUGUGAGCUGGGCUGCAGGAAACCGAGGCCCCGGGCCCACAACCCCGUUAUCACUGUGUGAUAGUCCCGGCCACCGGUGCCUCGGGGGGCUCCUCCCCGCCAGCGCCCCGGGACCCAGCCCCUGGGGAAGGGGGGGCGGAGGGGACACGGAGCUAGGCCCCCCCCGGCCCCUCCAGCCGCUAGCAGGUGAGCAGCCGGAGCCUUUUUACCGCCGUUCGGCUUUUUACCGUGUAUUUAUUUGACUCCGUCGGGUUCUUUCUUUCCUCUGUCCCGGU